AUGAACAACCCUGUCGUCUUCUUCGACGUAGCCGCCGAUGGCGACGUGAUCGGGCGCGUCACUUUCGAGUUAUUUGCAGACAAAGUUCCAAAAACAGCAGAGAACUUCCGUGCCUUGAGCACUGGAGAGAAAGGGUUUGGUUACAAGGGAUCCUGCUUCCAUAGAAUCAUUCCAGGGUUCAUGUGCCAGGGUGGUGACUUUACCCGCCAUAACGGAACAGGUGGCAAAUCUAUUUAUGGUGAGAAGUUUGCUGAUGAGAACUUCCUCCUCACGCAUACAGGCCCUGGCAUCUUGUCUAUGGCAAAUGCCGGUCCCAAUACAAAUGGGUCUCAGUUCUUUAUCUGCACUGCCAAGACUGACUGGUUGGAUGGGAAACAUGUGGUCUUUGGCCGCGUGAAAGAUGGAAUGGACAUUGUGCAAGCAAUGGAGCGUUUUGGAUCCAGGAAUGGCAAGACAAGCAAGAAGAUCACCAUCAAUGACUGUGGGCAGCUGUCAUAAAAUUCCUUUGUCUUAACAAUCAACCAUUCCUUCUGUAGCUGGGGUUAGCACACCACCUGAAGUGCUGUAGUCCCCUGUAACCCUUGUGCUCCUGACUUACUGCUGCUUUUUUAUUGGGUUUCAAUUUCUGCUCCCUCACAAGUCCAGCUGGACUGAAGACAAGUUUGUUUGCAAAAUGAAAUAAAACAAGUUAAACCAUAUCCUAAUUUGGUG